GACUACACACUACCUGAAGGACGGGCAGAAGCAAUCAACUUCAUCCAAAACAGGAUAACGGAGAUAAAGAAAAAAGCACAUCGCCUCUCAACAGUGAGGAAGCACAUGCAGGAAGCCAUAAGCAAACUCGAGGAGGGAGCCACCAACCUAGGAGAGGAAGAAAGAACAGCCGAGGAGAAAAACAUCAGCAAUCAGAUCAACAUGGCCACCGACAUCGUGAUAGAAGUCGAAGAGACUCUGGACGAACUGGCAGACAAAGAGAUCGAGUUGCAGCAGCAGCUGGAGGAAAGGAGAACAUUAAGAGAAGAGAUACACAAUAUCCACGACCAGGCAAUCCCAGCAGUGGUAAAAUUCAACUACUUACUAGAGGCCCUAACAGGAGAGAUAAGGGAGACAAUCGGCAGAUUCCAGAUAACUGAGAGAGGAUACACAGAAGCCAUAGAAUGGCUCAAAAAGCGUUACGGAAAAGACGACAUUAUUAUCGAACAGCUAUAUGCAAGACUGGAGAAAAUACAAAGUAAAGGAAGAACAACAAAAGCGCAAAGGCAGCUGUUCGAAGAAAUAGCCACGACGGUAACCCAACUCCGCAACAAAGGCCAAGACGUCAGCCAUAGACAACUCCUUACCCAGAUAACCAGGAAGUUUGAGGAAAGCAUUCAAGAGAAAAUCAUUACAAAGAAAGCCGAAAUGACACAGUCAAACUCCUGGACGUGGGAUAAUCUCAGCAAUGUCAUAGAAGACACCCUAUCUAGGCGAGAGCUGGUAGAGGAAAUGCGAGAAUUCACGCAAGGAGGGAGAGGAGAAGAAAACUCCAGUCAGUGGCUGAAGAAAACAUCCAACAAAGUAUUUGACACCACCUGCUUAUACUGCAGAAGGACAAAUCAUCCUGCAUCGGAGUGCCGGGAAGUACCUCCAAAUGAACGGAUCGCGUUUUUCAGACGCAACAAUAUGUGCUUAAACUGCGGACGGAAAAACCACAUGAUAGCCGAAUGUAAGAGCCCGCACUGUAGAAAGUGUGGAAGAAAACACCAUUCAUCCCUAUGCGGAAUAAAAAUAGAAAUGCCAACUACACAGGCAAGCAUGGAGAGCAGACAACAAAGUCAAGCUACUCAGCCAGCAGUGGCCAGAGGAACAGCAGGCCAGCAAAGAAACCAACGAGGUCAAAGGCAGGAAAACAUAACGGCUCACUCAUCACAGCAUUCAGCACGGCAAAACUGCGUAGCCGCUGAAGCCAAGGAAGAGGAGCACACACAGUACAGCGAACCACAGGAGGAACAAGAAAAAGAGGUAGAGGAAAGCAAUCAGCCAUACAAAGAAAUUCCGCAGACCAAGCAAAGCCAAGGAGACAGCAAAACCACACACCUCCUCAGUGGAGUCAAGAUAACGAGGAACCUUCCAUCAACCAGAACGGAAACGAUGCUGGAAAGAAUCCCAGAACUAAGAGAAAUGAAAGAAGAAGGUGAGAUAAAUGGAGAAGAAAUGAAGAAGGCAAAGCAGCUAGUGAUAAAAGGACAUCAAAGACACUACCGCGAAGAACUCGAAAAAGAAAACAUGAGAAACUUAAACAUCCAAGAAGACAAAGAAGGAGUGUGGAGAUGCAACGGACGCCUAGGGAAGAGUCUAUUAUCAGAAGAACAAAAGAAACCGGAGAUGACGGCAAACGAAGAAGCCAGAGAAUUCAUGGAAAGAUUGUACAGGAAUUCAAGAAGAGCCUUGACAGAAAGAGAUUUACAGAAUACCCUUGAGGCCGACUAUUUCCUUCUGGGAAAGAUUUUGAAAGAUUGCGAGGCUGUGACUCAGGAGUUUAAAACCCUCAGAUCCACACUCAUCGAGAACGAGGAAUGCGAUAAAAAGUUUUUUGUGGAAGCGUGCGCCUGGACAAGACAGACCACGGAAUUAGUGUGUGCGAUGUCGUAUCUUAAAAGAGAUGCAAGAAUACUGUGGGACGUCUACGAGUUAUUAAUUGAGUCUGGAUUCGCUUCUCCACAAAGCAGAAGGAAUUUCGAACACAAAGCGAGACCACCCGACCACCGACCCAUUUCAUUGGAUACUACAAUAGCUAUCAUAGACUCCGAAGCCAUGCACCUCACGCAACUAGCCAAUGAAUUCAGGAAUACGAUUGGAAAAGAAUUUAAAUGCUUCAUCCAGCAACCCGAGAGGAGUGAAGAAGAAAAGAAGAAUUUGGACGACCUACGAAACACGAUGGAAGAAGCCAUGGAAACAAUGGAAAGGCGAACCCACGACAUUAAAGAAGAUGUCAGUAACAAAUUCGAAGAGAUGAAGAAAGACCUCCACGAUAGUUUAGGAAAGAUAAAAGAAGCCAUCGAAACAAAAAUGGAAGUUAUAACCGAAGCGCAAAUACAGCAACUGGUCAAACUCCAAGCACUCGAGAAAAAUGAAAGGACAAGGACGGACACAUUGAGAACCGCUGAGUCGGAUUCUGAAUCAGCCAGCACGUAA